AUGUGUGUUACCAACAGCGCAAGACGAGGCCCUAGGUCUUUGGCCACGGCCAAUCCUAACUCGAUGAUUUCCAAGACUCCUUCUUUGCUCUCUCAGCGCCUUCAAAGCAACUUUAUGCCUCUCAUGAUGAGCUCCUCCGCUGGGGAUGCUCGUAGCGCCAUGCCCAUGAGCAUGCCUCAAUCUGUCCAGGACAGUCCUUUUAUGGGAGCCAAGCAAGAUGCCACGAAGCCAAGACGCCGUCGCAAGCCCCAAAAGCCAGGCAAGACAGCCAAACUAAACGAUCGUCACUUCGUGGUCCACAACUAUCAUGAUCACGCAAAUGAUGUCCCGGAGAACGACCUGCAGGACGUUCCCUCUUCAAAACGCCGUGGAGGAGUCUCCAUGUCCUUUCCUAUCAAGCUUCAUGCCAUUCUAGAUCAGGUGGAAGAAGAUGGUUUGAGCCAUGUUAUAUCGUGGCAGCCACAUGGAAGGUGCUUUUUGAUUCACAAACCAAAGGAAUUCACUGAUUAUGUCAUGCCCAAAUACUUUCGUCAGACCAAGCUCACAAGCUUUCAGCGACAGUUGAACUUGUACGGGUUUUCUAGGCUGACGAUAGGCAAGGACAAUGGGGGUUACUAUCACGAGCUAUUCCUACGGGGAAAAGUCUUUCUCGCAAAGACCAUGUGCAGAACUAAGAUCAAGGGAACCAAGUAUAAGGCUGCCAGCAGUCCUGAUAAUGAGCCUGACUUCUAUACAAUGAAUCCUGUCACACAUACCCCACCAACAUCCGAUGAAUCCAGUGUGGAAGAUGGAAGCUACCAAAGUCCCAAGCAGAUGAGAAGUCUUCCUCAAACCAGCAGCAUGCCUCCUGCUGCUUUGAGGUUGAACUUUCCAGUCAUGUCUUCCAUCCAGACUCCAAGCUUGCCCUCCCUAAGCGUGUCUGCUGUAGACCAAUUCGCUUAUCAGAUGCCCCAGCAGCAGCAAAUGCAGCCAACUCCUCUCAUGGGCGCUGGUUUCAUGACUGAUUUCCAAGCUCCCAAGGCCCCAGCCUCGGAUGAUAAUGCCUUUGAUGCUGCCAUUGAUGAGAUUUUCCUGGAAAACGGGAAUGCCAUGGACGACUUUCGUAACAUUUUUGAUCCAAACAUGCAAAUUCCAGAGAAGAUCGAAGAUGACGAACAGCUCGGAAACAUUCUGGAACAACUCUUGACCCAAGUUUAG